UCGCUCACCAAAAUCGUUCGCCUCCGCCGCACGCCGCGUACGGGCCACCACGUGACCACGACGAACCGUUUAGAGUUUAUAAUCCAAAUUUGAUUCAUUUAGGGUUCCCUAUUCAAUUCUUCACUUAAACUCUUUGUUAAACAAUGAAUCCACUAAAGAGGAAGUCAAUUGAAGAGCCGUCGGGCUCAACACCGCCACAGAAGCACCAAAGUGAGAACUCAAACGGCGCCGUUUUGGUCGAAAAAACUGUUACUUGCUUACACGACGUGUCGUAUCCGCCAGGUUAUGAGCCGACUUCAACUACAACAACUGCCACCGGAACUCAAGAUGAGUCCAAACCAGCAAAGGAGUUCCCUUUCACUCUCGACCCCUUCCAAUCCGAAGCUAUUAAGUGUCUCGAUAAUGGCGAGUCGGUUAUGGUAUCAGCCCAUACUUCAGCUGGGAAAACAGUAGUAGCAUUGUAUGCAAUUGCUAUGUCGUUGCGGAAUAAGCAACGGGUCAUAUAUACUUCACCAAUUAAGGCACUUAGCAACCAAAAGUAUAGGGAGUUUAAAGAAGAGUUUUCAGAUGUUGGUUUGAUGACUGGGGAUGUAACAAUUGAUCCAAAUGCUUCUUGUUUGGUGAUGACUACUGAAAUCUGGCGUAGCAUGCAAUAUAAAGGUUCGGAAGUUACGCGAGAGGUGGCUUGGGUCAUAUUUGAUGAGGUACACUACAUGCGUGAUCGGGAGCGAGGUGUGGUAUGGGAAGAGAGCAUUGUUAUGGCCCCUAAGAACUCUCAAUUUGUAUUCCUCUCGGCAACUGUGCCAAAUGCAAAGGAAUUUGCUGAUUGGGUUGCAAAGGUCCACCAACAACCAUGUCACAUUGUUUAUACCGACUAUCGACCAACACCCCUUCAGCACUACAUUUUCCCUGCUGGAGGUCAUGGUCUAUACUUAGUGGUGGAUGAAAAGGGGAAAUUUCGCGAGGACAGCUUUCAUAAAGCGUUAAAUGCACUAGUCCCCACUGGUGAGGGUGACAAGAAAAGAGAGAAUGGGAAGCGACAUAAAGGUUCAGUAUCAGGCAAAGUUGGUGAGGAAAGUGACAUCUUCAAGAUGGUCAAAAUGAUUAUUCAGCGUCAGUAUGACCCUGUCAUAAUUUUCAGUUUUAGCAAAAGGGAUUGUGAAUUUCUCGCAAUGCAGAUGGCAAAAAUGGAUCUAACUGAAGAUGAUGAGAAAGUGAACAUAGAAACAAUAUAUUGGAGUGCCAUGGACAUGCUUUCAGACGACGAUAAGAAGCUACCUCAGGUUUCAAAUAUGUUACCCCUUUUGAAACGUGGAAUUGGUGUGCAUCAUUCUGGCUUACUUCCCAUACUGAAAGAAGUGAUUGAGAUAUUAUUUCAAGAAGGACUAAUCAAGAUGCCCUCUGACUAUAAAUAUAAUUACCAAUUUGGACAGGCCAUUAGCCCGCUCCAUAUGAGUUUCUUAGUUGAUGCAUCAGUCUAUUGUAUGAAAGUUGUCUUUCUGAAUCUUGUUCCUGUUUACUUUCAUCUUGUUUUCAGUGAUAUCUCUCUCCAAACAUAA